CCGUCAACAGCUACCCUGCCAGUGUCGUUGUCACUAUCGAGAGCGAGAAACAAAUAUCAGGAAGCACGACGCGUUUCUGACGAGCUGCAAAAGUCCUUCGACGACCUCUCCCGCAAAGUGGAGCCCGAACUCGACCCGGACGAAGAGCGAGACGAGCCCGAUCCCAAAUCCGCCUUUGAGCUUGCGUCAUUAGGGGUUGAGGUAGCCCUCAAGAAAAGGGAGCAGUGUCAGUGGGAGCGAGAGAUAAUUCUUGAGGAAGGUCGAGCCAACAUAAUUCAACCCGACAUAGUACGAAAGCGACUCCGAAACACCGACGACCGAUACCUUGCUGUCGGUGAUGAGUUGUGGGAACGAAAGCUGAAAAGGGCACGUUUCGACGAUCCUACCGUCGUACGGUUGCUGGAUCCACGUGAUGGCAGUUUCUCUGCGUGUCUGUUGGCACUAUACAAAAAGUGCGAUGGCCUUCAAAAGACCAAGAAACGGCCUUCUUCUUUUCGCUGUGAGGCGCUGCAGUACUACGGUAGCGACGACGUGGGCAAAACAGCCGACGGCACGGGCAUGGAAGAUGGUUUUAAGAACAGGGGACGCGAAGGUGAGGUUUGGUGCCACGCCACGGGCACUUGGUGGGAGACGCAGAUGGUCAAAGCCGCGCAUGUCGUACCUUUUUUUCUCGACAGCGACGACUUCGGUGAGAUUUUGUUCGGUAGCCGAGACCCAUCUCUCCGACGGGCUGGAAACGCCCUUCUCUUGUUAAACAAGAUUGAGGAGUGGUUUGACAGCUACCAUCUUCUCAUUGUACCGGUUGAUCCAACGGAGAACCCUGUCAGACGCUGGAAAAUUGACGUCAUCUCGUCCGACAUUGACAAUACAUCUUACGCUGGUGCUGCGGGCGGCGUUGGCAGAGAUUUGGAUGGAAAGGAGCUGCAAUUCCGCAACGACAAACGACCUGUCUGCCGGUUCAUGUACUUCCAUUUCAUCAUGGCGCUGAUCCGCAUCAAGGAUGUUCGACGUCGGGGAUGGCAGCAAGUUUGGGCUCGGUACUACGAGCAAAGGCCUUUCCCAACCCCAAGCAAGUACAUUCGUCAGUGCAUGCUGAUGCCUCUGGCAACCCAUUUUAGAACAGUGCAAGUGGAGACGAUUCACUCGUGGAUUACAGAUCAUGGCUUCGAUUCACCAUUGAAGCUCACCGACGCCGAGCGCGAUGAAGUAGCUCGUCGUGUCCAUUUGGCAAUGAAUGAAGCCGAGGCCCGUGCGGAGAGACGCCCAUGGGAGGAUGAUGAAGAGGCUGGGGAAGAGAACAGCGAGAAUGAUGAGGGGGGCAACGGGAGCGAUGAAGAGUGA